UCCAGACCUCCCGGGCUCUCAUGGUGAUUUCUCUCCUCCUGGGCUUCUUCGGCAUCAUCGUGAGCGUGGUGGGCAUGAAAUGCACCAAAGUCGGGGAAGAAGACCCCGUGACCAAGAGCCGCAUCGCUGUUGCCGGUGGUGUCCUCUUCAUCCUCUGUGGUCUGUGCACGUUGGCCGCCGUGUCCCUGUACGCAACACAGGUCACCUAUGAGUUCUUCAGAGAGAGCACCGUCCCCGUCAACGCCAGGUACGAGUUCGGCUCGGCGCUCUUCAUCGGCUGGGGGGCCGCCAGCCUCACCGUGCUGGGGGGGUCCCUCCUGUGCUGCUCCUGCCCCCCCAAGGAGCGGCGAGGACAGCAGUACUACCGGCAGUCGCAGCCUUCCACGGCUCGGGAGAUCCCCUGGAGCGGGCGCUGAAGUCUUCAAACUCCGCCGUGCUAAUUGCCCCGACGUGCUAAUUGCCCCCACCUUAAAAUGUACCUCUGCUCCUAACCUCUCUGCAAACGCCGUCGCUCCGAUUUCACCCAUAAAUCCCCCCAAAAUCCCCCCCUGGACCUCCAUCCGUCUUUCUGUAUUGCAUGUGCUGUGUGCUAACCUGCAGGAAACCAUCCAAAGAGCUUGAGUAUAUGUAUUUUUUAUUAUUAUUAUUAUUUUAAAUUUUUGUUAAUCCCAAUUAGCUGAAGCA